UGACUAGUUUCCGCUGCUGAUGUUGACCUGAGACUGUACUUGUUAAACAGACCAGAUGAGAAGGUUGCCAUGGGGAUAUUGAGAUCAACGAACUCUACUCUGGGAGACCUCCCACUGGUCUGAUCCUGAACACAGUGGAGUGUGAGUGCCACACACACUGCUCUGGUGAUUCCGCCAAAGGCCUGAUCGCUGUCACCAGAGCGCCCACUGGUGUUUGACAGGGGAAGGACGACUCUGCGCGGGCAGCGCGUCAGAUUUCCUCCGCCUUUUUUGACUUGUUGGAAACUAGAGCCACAGCCGGAGCGAUUACAGCCGAUAACAAAUGUCACUGUGCUUGUUUAGCCGACCUGGGUGUUCUGGUGAGCCUUCAGAUCAGCCGUCACUCCUCCCCUGCCUGAACGUGCAGUGUGACGUAAUUAUGCCAGGAUGGAAAAGAUUUCUGCACCUGUUUGUGUUCUGCUUCUAUGCUCAGGUAACCAAUCAGUCCCCGCCUAAUUUCACGCAGCAUGUAAGCGAGCAGAGCAAGGUGACGGACCGGGUGAGCCGCAGGCUGAUCCGGAUCUACCAGCUGUACAGCCGGACCAGCGGCAAGCAUGUGCAGGUCCUGCCCAACAAGAAGAUCAAUGCCAUGGCCGAAGAUGGAGAUGCGCACGCGAAGCUCAUCGUAGAGACCGACACGUUUGGAAGUCGAGUUCGCAUCAAGGGAGCUGAGACGGGCCUCUACAUCUGCAUGAACAGGAAGGGGAAGCUCAUUGGCAAGGAAAACGGACAGGGCCGCGACUGCAUCUUCACCGAGAUCGUCUUGGAAAACAACUACACAGCCCUGAGGAACGCCCGGUACGACGGCUGGUACAUGGCCUUCACUCGCCGCGGCCGGCCACGCCGGGGCUCUAGGACACGCCAGCACCAGCGUGAGGUGCAUUUCAUGAAGAGGUUGCCGAAGGGGCAGCAGCCCACCCAUCCAGGUCAACAUCGGCCUUUUGACUUCAUCCACUACCCUUUCAGUCAAAGGACUAAACGCACACGGUACUCUUCACGGCACUGAGGUGGAAUAGAAAGACCCGAAAACAAAAAAGGGAGGACAAAAGAACUUAAAUAUUGACUGAAAUACCGAAACAUUAUGUGUCCCUCUCGAAAACGAACCUUUAGAUAUUUUUUUGUACUGUAUCUUAACUCGUAGCCUAUUUUCAAAUGUUCUCAAGUGAACAAUGGAAGUUCAUGGACAUAAAAGAAUAAGAAAACAUACAUAUUAAAAUCUAUUUUUGUACUCCAGACUUUUUUUUUAGUGCUGAGAAUUUCUGUUUCAGGGCCCCGUCAUUCGUCUCGUUUUCAGCAUCUUUGUAGAGUGUGUCUUUUUGAUUUGUUGCAUAUCAUUUUAACUAGAGGAGACGUUUUUUAAAUUCUUUUUUGGACUUUCGCCUGCUGCUCAAGGAGACUUGAAGGACCCUGAGCGGCCGCACUGCCAGGAAACGCUGAGUUUACGGACACACUGUGAGACACGACACUGCAGAGCGCAGGAAGUAACAGCACAGGGGGGGGGGGGGACACUUUGGUGUUCAGGCUGUGUGCCAGACGUUUCAUCUUUACUGAAUUCAUUUAAGCAAACUGAGCGCUCAUAGCAUAUUAUGGGACGAUGUGGCAGCUAUAAUUUAUAUUAACAGGUUUCCUGAUCUGACUGUAGUGACUCAUGUACAAAAUGUGUUUACCCCCUUUCCUGCCCCCUCACCUUAUGGGUUGUUGUUUCACUCUUAAUGUCUGUUUUUAUACAUAUAUGAAUAUAUUUUUUAUUUGAGGAUGUGCAUAAUAAUUUUAAAGAUGGAAUAUUUAUUUAAGAGGUGUAACAAAUGUACAUUAGGACACUGACAUUAAACUCCUGUUUGAUACGUG